CGAAGCGGCGAACCCUAAAAUUGAUAUUUUCUCAAUGCCGAUUGAUUUUUUUAAAAUUUCUGAAAAUCGGCCUCCCAAUUUUGAGUAACGGCGCACCUAAAAACGUGUGUCUGUAGUUGAAGAGUCAGCAGGAUUGCCAGCCAAUAAAUGGGGGCAGCGAUUCAAAUGAAAGGACGCAAUGCGCGCAAAAAGCGGCAACCUUUUCCGCGUGUUUCGGCUGUCUAUGCGAUGCAAAGAACUACACUCAAGCAACUGCUGCGCGCGGGGAUUCUUGAAUUGCUUUCGAGCGCAAUCGGUUUUCGCUCACUUUUGACUUGGCCGUCGCGUCGGGUCUCUUGUAGGUUGGCGCCCCGUGAGACGUCGUGAGCGCCGGACUGGCCACGCGAGGCAAUCUCGCCAACCUUCCGCAUGGGAGGGGCACACUAGAAGGCACUUCGCCACCGAGCGACGCGGUAUUCGGGGACGCCACUCGGUUGUGCCGUUGCGUUUGCAGUGUUCGCGAUGGCUUCCCGAAGGGGCAGGUGUGGCGUGUGUGGUCUCCGACAAGGCAGUGGAGGGCGUCCUUGCGCCCACGUUUUGCCCCCGAAAAGUGUCUGGAUGGUCGGCAAAGCGGCCCAAAAAUUGGCUUUUUUUCUCGUCAAAAAUGCCCAAAAAGUUGCUCCUCAAAAAGGCCCAAAAGUUGGCUUUUUUGAAUUCAAUUGCGCGGGUUGGCCCAAAACAGCCAACCCGCGGCGCGGGUUGGCCCAAAACACCCUACCCGCGCCGAAAACACCCAACCCGCGCAAUUGAAUUCAAAAGUGGCGCUUUUUUUGAACAUUUAUGAAGUUCAAAAAUGGCGCGUUUUUUGAUCUGAAAAGGACUCCACUGUGGACACUUCGGAGCGCCUGUGUGGCCAUCCAGCCUCUUCGGAUGCCCCUUCCGAGGCCCGGAAUGCAUCUGCGUGGCUUGUCCGAGUGGCUUUUCGCAGUGUAACUCGGCGAAGAAAAGCGCACGCGCUCGGCUUGGGGUGCUUGUUCUUUCUUACUUCCCUUUGAUGUUUGCUGAACCUCCAAAGCGGUUUGUUGGCCAAGCAAAGUCACGGAAGGAGCCGCUGCCCAUUCCAUCGCGACAGCACAGCGGCAAAACAACGCGCCUUGCCCCGUGUGCAUUAAUGCGAAGGAUUUGGAGCUAUUGACGUCCCAAACUAAUGCCUAUCGCUCAUCCACCGCCGCCCGGCCGGGUGAUUGGGCAGUGGGGUGGAUUCGCCAUUGUCACGCUCGGUCGGGGUGGGGUGCGAAAAAAUAAGUCCUCACUCGUGCCACUUUUCACCCAAUCGGACGGGUUCGCAAAGCAUAUGGCGUCUACUCGUCGUGCUAAUUUGCUUCCCCGCUCUGCUCCAUUUCCUCUCCCAAUUUGGCGCCAAGAAUGCAACAAACGCCCGUGGCGCAUUUCGAAAAAUUUAAUUUUCCUCAAUCCACAUUGAAGAAAAUUAAAUUUUUUCGCCACUUUCCAAUAGGCCUGUUUUGCGUUUUGUCACUCCAUAUUCCCACCAGCACGGGAGAAUUCCGAGGAAGCGGCGAACCCAAUUGCCUCCGCGUUCCCACCUAUCGAAAGAAAAAAGUUCGUCACAGUCACAAUUUUUCAUUUUUCGAAAAAUUGAAAGGUGAAAAAGAAGAAAUCUUCUGAUGUGGAGGAAACGCGCGACCUUUUCCCCUUCGACUGCAAGGGCCUUGUAUUUUGCAGAACUAGUGGUCUCGACGGCUUGACGGAGCUAAAUUCUAGCCAUUUCCGGGGCAGACGCGCUGAAGCACACAUGCCUCCGCAAGAGCUCCUACGCCUUCCUGGCUACGCAAAAAAUUCUUAGCGCAGCUACUGCGCCAAGAACUUUUGCAAAAUAUGUGCCAGCGAUGAGCGGCAACGCAUUUACGCGCGCCCCUCUAACGAAAUACCCAAAACACGGGGCUGAGUGCGGCACAUGUCACUGGGCGGACUAGGGCAGUCGACUACCUUGCCUAAAGGCAGAAGCAACUUACGCAAAUGCGCAAAAACCGCAAAUCUUUCCGACUGCAUGAAGCCGAAAAUUGGAAUUUUGAUUCUUGCGCGCCAUAGUCACUCGGAGAAAAACAGGUCAAAAAAUUGUUUUGAAACAGAACAAAAACGACAAAAAAGCGGAGCCUUUUUUUGUGAAAAAAGCUCCGAGUGACGAAGCGCUUCAAUUUCCAAAAAGCGGCAUUUUAGGUGCGGGAAAGCGAAAUCAUAUUCGCCAAAAAAGUUCGUCACUCGGCCAAUUUUUCGUUUCGGCGGGGGUCGAAAAAAAACUCGAGCGACCGAAAAAAACUAGGCCGAGUGACUGCGCGAACGAAUGUUCAAAAGGCAACUUUUGAAAAAAAAAAGCUGUCGCCGCUUUUUUGAAAUUUUGGGCGGUCUGCCCAAUGCCAAAAGAGGUCUGGACAGAUGUAACCAGGCCCAAUCACUUUUGCAGGCCGGCCUUGUGGCGGCCUUUUAGAUGUUCAACGGAACGAAGGCGGCCUGCUUUAUCAAGGGAGAAGUGGAAGGCCAUGGAGGCGCUGCGCGACCACUUGCGCGCUAGGUCCGUGUAAUCGAAGACACGCGCUCUGCCCCCUUUCCUGGUAGGUGUCCUUCCCUGUCAAAGGCUGUGGGGCCGCGCAGUGGGUAAGCUUCAGUGAGCUAAGACAACCCGGGCACGCAAAACGCAGCCAGGCCGUGGCUUCAGCAUGCCGCGCGAGGCCUGAAGUUUUUAAGCUGGUUGCUUUUUCGGCCAUCAAGUCAAAUUUUCAAUUUGCCCUGAUUUUUUUUCAAAAAAUGAAAAUUAGUGACUGUGACGAACUUUUUUCUUUCAAUACCACCACCACGGGAGAAUUCCGAGGAAGCGGGGGCGAACCCAAGUGCGAACACGUCCCCUGAGCCGGAAGCGGCACAACCCGCAGCAGACGCGCCUCCGGAGCCGAAGGUGAUUAUCAACAAGAGGAAAAAGAAGAUGAGUAAGGAGGAAAAGUUCCAGCAGAUGAAGGAUGACACGAAAAAAACGGAAGUGAUUGCUAUGACCCGCUCAAACGUUACAAUCUCAAACGUUACAAUAGAAUCUGGGUUUUGUAUUGCAUGAUGAGCAUGACAGACUCGGACAGCGUUCCACUUUCUGCAAUACAAAUUUCGCCAGAUUGCUGUGCGGAUUGGGACUCCAGAACUUGUCAUGCGCAAUCCUAUGGGAGUAAGCUAGAUAAUGCACUUCUUGCAACACAAAUUCCAGACUCUAUUGUAACGUUUGAGAUUGUAACACCUGAGCAGGUUAUAAUUGCGUUGAUUGAAUCGGAAAGAAAACGGUGCGCCGCGGAGGGUUUGUCCAUGCACCCAGAAGUCGCGAAACUAAUGUUGGAAGUGAUCGGAGACCCGCUGGAGGUGCCGGAAGCCAUGCGGGUGCAGGAAGCAUUUGACAUCGGGAAAAAACAAAUUUCGCUCGAGCUGUUGAAAGAGGUAGAUUGUCAGUUUUUUCUUGCAGAGAUUCAGUUCGUCUUGCGCGAUUCCUUUAUGUGAGAAUGGCAAUGGUUAUGGUUUUGUGAUGCAAAAACUGCGUUUACGAAGGAUUCAAUUACAAUUUCCUUAUCAAAUAAUUAUCAGCCCUCGACGAGUUCCCAUGGCCCAACCGUGACCUCCUCCUCCACCCAACUCUCUUCCUCUAUCGCGUCCUUCUACCUACAGCAGAAAGUGAAGGUAAAAACGCACGUGAAACUGGGCUACGAUCUGGGUGCGCUCGGGGAGGAGUACCAUAAAAACAUGGAGGUGUUUAUCCAGAAGCAGAAACUGAUGAAGCGGGAGAACGCGAAAAAAUUGCUUACCCAAGAUUACUAUGCAAUGCAAAAGCAUCGUACUAGUAUAAAUUGCAUUACAAAUUAGCCCAGCAUUACAAAUUCAACUUGUAAUGCUAAUUUACUUUGAGAAAGAGAUUUGUCAUGCAUAACUGCAAUUACUACGAGUGCGAUACUUUUGCACAGGAUAAUUACAAGAAUAAGGAGAAGGGCAUAAGUGACAAAACGGGGAAAAUCAUCUCCAUCCACCAUCCGUCGACACUAUGAGAGUGCACAACUCCCCCUCCCCCUCAUUUGUCAUGCAAAACCCUAAAUCGAGUCGCUUCCUUGUCGCACUGUUUGCAUGACAAAUUCCGGCGGCCCAAACAGUACUACACCAGGCACACAAAUUUGUCAUGCACGAGCUCCACGUGUGGUGGUGUUUGCAUUGCUGUUCAUGCGAUACAAAUGAGGGGGAGGGGGGUUGUGCACUCUCAUAGACACUGGCGUCGGAACAGGAAAAAGUCGCGGAAAAACACUCCGAAACGAUCAAAAACCGAGAGAAGAUCCGCGACGCGCAGAUGUUUGUGAGCCGGAAGUAUUUGCCGGCGGUGUAUGAACGGGUGGUGAUCGAGAAAGUGAUGGAGUAUAGGUUUGUUUUUCGUCGUGGUUUUUGAUGCAUGACAAAGCGCUUGUUUUCGGCUGUUGUUUGUGCAUGUAUGACAAAGUUCUUGAAAUAUCACCAAAUUCUUGAAAAUGAAACAGGACUUCCGGCGGUGCCGUUCCGGGCUUAUUCCCCGGGAAAAACGACAAUCUGACCAACAAGUACGGCUCCCCAUUUCUCCAGAUGGACACGCUUCCGGAGCCGAACAACAACCAAAAAUCGUCCAACAAGAACAAAACCAGAAAGCAAACCAACCAUUCCGGCCCAUCAUCCACGACCGCGUCCGGUGUCACCACCGCCGCGCAGACCACCAUAUUCAUUGCAAAUACGUCUGGGUCUGGAAGGUCAACACAACUUGUGAUGCUAUCUUUGCACUCUACAUAAAAUCUGUAUUGCAUGAACAGCAAAAGGUCCACUUUUUGCUACGCGGAGAGAGACGUUCUCAUGCGGUACGAGCAUCAGAAAGCCCUCGCAGAAUCUGUGAUGCUAGGGCAUGCAUCACAGACAUCAUGGGUCAUGGAAAAUAUGCAUGACAAACCUGGCACUUUUCCAGACCCAGACAUAUUUGCAUUUGAUACACCACUGCGGGGUACUACAUGGCGAGUUCCGCGGCGACCACCGCGCAGGACGGGCAGGAUAUGCAAGAAAAAAACCGCGUAAGUGUAACUCUGUAAUGCAGAACCUGCAACAGAGUCACGCUUGUCAUGCCAGACAACCACGAAGUCCUGUUUUCAUGUGUGUUUUCACUUGCAAUCCAUGCACGACAGGUUUUCUCUUUCAUGUAGAGCAAAUUUGUGAUGCUGUCAGCCAAACAGACUUACGCUAACACAGUUUUUUUCUUGGAUACAGGAAUUCCGGGAGUCGGAUACGUGGAAGAACACAAGAAGGUCUAUCGACAUCUACGGCGUGAAUCCCGAAUUCCUCCGUUCCGGCAACAUGGCCAGCGAGUUCAACGCGGUGGCGAGUUACUACGAUGACAUCGCGUAUGGGGGUGUCAGGAUUGAAAUCGACAAAGUUUAAACAACUUGUAAUGCAUAAAAUCGAUACCAGUUGGAAGCCCAACUUCCAAGCGGUGCAUGACAAAUUUUGGCACCGUCUAGAGCCAGUUUGUCAUGCUGUUUAGGGACAGAAGCCGUCUUUUGUCAUACUACUUUAGUAGCUCUUUCGCAGAUCCCAAGCAGGCUGACAGUCGGCCUCACUUGCCACCCCUGCAAGAGAGUCACUUCAUGCCUUGCAAUUUUAUGCAUGAGAAAUUACUUCAACUUUGUCGAUUUGAAUUCUGACACUUCCAUAUCGCGGAAGCCCGGGAGCAGCAAGUUUUGUUCAUGUCGCAAACGUAUGGAUUGCAAAAAUGUCUGGGUCUGGAAGGAUACAACUUGUGAUGCUACUUUUGGAAUCUAGAUAAAAUCUGUAUUGCAUGAAGAGCAAAAGAGGUGUAAUUUGUGCUACGCGGAGAGAGCGUUUCUCAUGCGGUAUUAGCAUCAGAAAGCCCUCGCAAAGUCUCUGAUGCUAGGGCAUGCAUCCCAGACCUCAUGGGUCAUGUAAAAUCUGCAUGACAAACUCCUGCACUCUUCCAGACCCAGACAUUUUUGCAUUUCAUAAAACGGCGUUGGCGCAGCAACAGCAGUUGGGUGGGAACAACACGUCCACGCAAUCGCAACAACAGCAGAAGGAAAUGAUGGCGCAGACGUACCAUGCGGGGACGGGGCCGUUUUACCAACCACAGAAUAAUGGAAAUAGUAAUAAUUCCGGCAACAAACUCUACCACCACCGACCACGGGCAGAAACGCAGAACACGAAAUUGGCGAAAAUUUCUGAAAAACCUCCGGCGACCUUGGACGAGAUGGAAGCGGACGUGCGGGGGGAUUUCGAGCAGUCCAGGCCGAAGAGGAGAUCCGACAGCCGAUCUGUUCCGCCGCCCGCAAGUAACCCGGGGGCGGACGGUAGUGGUGCGCCUGGUCCUGCAGAAACCAACGUGAAAAUGGGAACGCCGCAGAACACGGUGGAAGAUUUCGAUAUUCCGCAGUACAACUACCCUUUGCCAGAUGUCGUUUCCUCCGCCGAGCAGACUUACAAAACCAGCAGUGAAAACGAGGAUUUAUUGUUGAACGAGCAAAGCAAAAACACAGCAGGUAGUCUCGGGACAGACGAAGAUAGGUCGUUGACUGCAUCGAGUAGGCCGAAGACGAAGGAUAGCAUUAUCCCACCAUCGGUUGUCGCCGCUAGUCCGUACGGUCAGAUCGAAGUGUUAAAUUUGGACGACAUGCAGGAGAAGAAACGGGAGAAGAAAAGGAAAAAAACCGCAGGAGGAACAACUUCUGGCGGAAAUACAAAUCCGUCUUCGAAAAACAACAGUCUGAACAACACAAAGUCUUCCGGUUUUUCCACCCAGUCUAAAGAGUCGAAAAAAUCCUCCGGACAGGGUUCUAUUGCGGACAUAUGCAUUGCAAAAAUGUCUGGGUCUCCUGGAAGAGUUCGAAUUUGUGAUGCGAAGUCUACAUCAUGACAAGAUCUGGCAUGCAUGACUAGCAAAAGGGUCCAGCUCUUCUUACCGAAAGAGGUGAUUUGUCAUGCGGAUUAGGCAUUGGGGCACCUGCUCAACAAAGUCUGUAAUGCUAGAGCUUGCAUGCCAGACGAUCAGGGUCAGGCAAAAACUGCAUGACAGAUCUCACAUUCUUGCUCCAGACCCAGACAUAUUUGCAUUUGAUAGGGCACCAGUAAGGAACAUUCGACCACGAAGCCAUUGGCGAGCCCCUACGCGGGGGACCAGGUGGAGAUGCUGUUGUCAGGCAGCGGGUCGGACGUGAAUUCGAAAAAGAAAACAACUACAACUUCUCCGAAGAGAAAGAAAACAACCGAUCCGGCAGCGAAGAAGAAGAAACAGCAUCAAUCUACCACCUCGAAAGAAUCGAAAAUGACGGACACUUCAAAACUAGACUCCGAGGAAUUUCCGAUGCCAAGUGGUUCUGACGAUAAAGUUGUCUCCGGUACUGAGGAGGAGUCCGGUUCUGGUACCGCUCCGGCGACAACGAGCGAAACGGAGCAAAAUCAAGUAAAACCGGCAGAACAAACCGAACCACUCGACGAGCCCAUUGCGUCAGAUGAUGAACAGUACCAAAACGAGGAGUUUGAGCAGGAGGAAGUUGAGGAAACACCCAUGAUAUGCAUUGCAAAAGUGUCUGGAUCUGGAAGAGUGCAAGACUUGUCAUGCUAAAUCUGGACCAUGCAUGCAAAAAUUUGUGUUGCGUAGCUACCAUCAAAACAAGCUGUUCAUUUUUGACCAGGAUGGGAGGGAGUUUUCCAUGCAGAAUAGGCAUGAUACACAUGUCACAGAAUCUGUCAUGCCAGGUCCUGCAUUCCAGACUUUAUGGGUCACGUUGCACCUGCAUGACAAGUCGUGAAAUCGUCCAGACCCAGGCAUAUUUGCAUUUGAUACAUGAACAACGAGGGUGACCACACCUUUUCCAAACCAACCACCGCGCAAACGGAAUUUCUGGAAAGGAACGUGACAAGUUCCGGAUCUACUGCGAUUGGUUCCGGAGGGAAAUUAGUGUCAUCAUCUGGGAAGAUGAAAGCGGGAACAUCGGCGUCGAAAAGCAGCCAAGGUGGGCAGAAGAAAAGCAGCAGCACUUCUAAACCGCCUCGAACAUCUUCUUCCCAUUUAUCCAUUUCCACGGCUGGCUCUUCCGAGGGGCAGAAGGAAAAUCAGAACCAGGUGGAGCACUUCCCGUUUCCGACCGUAGCGGAGAAUGAGAUUUUUUCCCCGCAGGACAAUGUUCUUGGGUCGGAAUCGCCUUUAGGGGCGGCGGUGCAAAAUCAUGUCGGAAUGGACACGAGAACCGGGAAGUUGGAAUUGGUAGAGAACCAGGACAAGUUGCAACAAAGAUUGCUGCCGUUUGGUGUGAGUGACGACAUGACGCCGGGGGAGAAGCCAGCGGCCGUGCCGCCGAGAAGUCGGGGCGCUGUGCCUUCUAGUCGGGAAAGCAGCACGACAAAUGCUGGGCGGAUGACAACCCCUGCUGCCUCAUCCGGGGCGAGGAACCGGCCGUCUACGAAAUCAUCCUCGGAAAGGAAAGUACCUGGAAGCAGUGGUGGAGCAAAUUCUAGGGGAAAAACGCCAGCUGCGUCUUCCUCUUCCCGAGGGAACCCGGGGGCGACAACCUCCUCCCAAUCUUCGCAACGGCCGCAGUAUCAGAUGCAAAAAUGUCUGGGUCUGGAAACUUGUAAUGCUGAGCGAGUUAGAAUGUGGAUGCCACACAUGAUGGCUCAGCAUGACAAGUUUCUGAGCUUCUGAGCCUUGCCUAUUCCGCAUGACAAACUGCGUUUUUGCAUCACAGAAAAAUAGCGCCUUUGGGUAACGCGCACGACAGACUUAAGAGUCUUGCUAGCCUAGCAUGACAAACCUUGCACUUUUCCAGACCCAGACAUCUCUGCAAUCCAUACGCAGCACGGGGGUACAAGGCCGUCGUCCACUGCGAAGCAGCCUUCGCCGCCAGCCUCGAGUCAAAGCACGACGAGGGAGAGAGAGCAGAGGCGAGCAGGGGAACAACAGCCGCGAACAAGCGCACAACAGACAACAAGUACAGCGCAGGUUGCAGCACCUAUAACGACGACAACAGCACAGCAAGGAGAAUCCGCCACGCCAGAGGAAAAUUACUCCGAUGAUGAAUUUGAAGAAGACGACCAAUUCAUUUUAGAGAACAACAUGCCGACCAUCUGGGCGGGCGAUCCCCAAGCGGCUUCCAUGUUCGCACCGAAUGAUAACGUAGAACAGCAGUCAACUAGACCAAAUUCCUCCGCCGCGGGCUCGAUGGUGAGUUUUUCUCGGCCGGGGACCCAGCAAUCGAUGUUCCCGCCAGGAAAUCAGCCGGGGACAAGGCCAGGAACGUCGAGCGGAAAUGCAGAUAACCUCUUCCCAUUUGACGAACCGGCGACGGCGACGCAGGCUGGUGCAAAUAACGGCAUGACUACACAGGGGAAUAACAGUACUAACAGCGUCGGCCGGCCGGGAACCUCAGAGUUCCAACAUCGCCCUGGCACUUCCUCCUCCGCGUCGAUCUCCACUCAGCAAGUGCUUUCCCAGUCGAAUUUCAACAACUCCCAGAACCAACAGGUCACUUUCGCCACGGAAUUCGCCACCCCAGACCCGUUUGGGAACAUUCUGAUCCGUCCGGAUAGUUCUUCCUACGGGGAAAAUGAUUCUCUGCGGGACUCGAAAUCGUCGAGAAAGAAAAGGAAAUCCUCCAGGUCUAGUAAAUCCAGGGGCGGAGACCGGGACAGGGAAAACCUCUCUUCCGCCCACCACAGCCGGGAAAUCUCGGGCGAGUUAUUUGCCGGGGAGUUUUCGGAGUCCCGGCCGAACACGGGGUCGAAUUCGAUUAGGAGUCAUUCUAGGUCUAGCAGACAGUCGAACCGACCGCAGUUGGCGGAGCCGAACGAAUUUGACUUUCAGGGGGAAUUCGAUCCGGAGGAAGACACGGCGCGGAAACAGAGGAAGAGACGGAAUAAGGAUCGGAGUUUGUAGGGGGUGGAGAAUGUGAGUGGAAAUUAGGUGGAGGAAAGAAGUGAAGAUAUGUAUGCUUGCUGCUUCGUCAGGGGCAGAUGUGAUUUUCACACGAAUCAAUUAGAACUAAACCAUUAUUUCCGUAAAAUCUUCCGCUGCUAACUGAAGAAAACAGUUCUGCAGUGAAUUAGUUGCGCGCACCUAUGUUGGUAAUUUCAGAAUCAAUUACCGCGAGAAAAAUUAGCGAUUCGCUUUUUUCCCCGCAUGGGAAACUGGCUUGAGAUACGAACUAAGCUACUUAUGUGAAAAUGACGAAUAUUACAGGUUUCAACUUUGGCAGUUUUAUGAGAAAGAAAAAUAUCGGCGAAAAUCAACUCACAACCAAUGUUAAUGCUGAGAAGAAGACAAGCGCUUCUUCGUCUUCGUACUUGCAUCUGUUACAACUUUUUCGUAUACAGCAAAGAUCAAGAUACCUCUAUCAGACCUCGCAAUAAUGACUGACUGUGAUAUUAACUCGAAGCCUGUUUGUGGGCUUUUUCCCUGUUUCGUAAAGCUAAAAUCUUCUCUUCAACGACCUGACUAUCUCCUAUCUCGAAAAUGUUUCAAACUAGCUUUUGCUACCGGUGAACUAAAAAGCAGCUUAUUCUACCUGUACAAAA